AUGCGGCAGGUUUGCUGCUCAGCGCUGCCGCCGCCGCCACUGGAGAAGGCUCGGUGCAGCAGCUACAGCGACAGCAGCAGCAGCGGCAGCAGCAGCAGCAGCAGCAGCGGCAGCAGCAGCGGCAGCAGCGAGAGGAGCAGCAGCAGCAGCAGCAGCAGCAGCAGCAGCAGCAGCGAGAGCAGCAGCAGGAGCAGCAGCAGCAGCAACAGCAGCAUCUCCCGUCCCGCUGCGCCCCCAGAGCCGCGGCCGCCGCAACAGCCGCAGCCCCGCAGCCCCGCAGCCCGGAGAGCCGCCGCCCGCUCUCGAGCCGCAGCCGCCGGCGGCAUGAGGCGCGACCCGGCCCCCGGCUUCUCCAUGCUGCUCUUCGGUGUGUCGCUCGCCUGCUACUCGCCUAGCCUCAAGUCGGUGCAGGACCAGGCGUAUAAGGCACCCGUGGUGGUGGAGGGCAAGGUACAGGGGUUAGCCCCGGCCGGCGGCUCCAGCUCCAACAGCACCCGAGAGCCGCCCGCCUCGGGUCGGGUGGCGCUGGUAAAGGUGCUGGACAAGUGGCCGCUCCGGAGCGGGGGUCUGCAGCGCGAGCAGGUGAUCAGCGUGGGCUCCUGUGCGCCGCUCGAAAGGAACCAGCGCUACAUCUUUUUCCUGGAGCCCACGGAGCAGCCCUUAGUGUUUAAGACGGCCUUUGCCCCCAUCGACACCAACGGCAAAAACCUCAAGAAAGAGGUGGGCAAGAUCCUGUGCACUGACUGCGCCACCCGGCCCAAGCUGAAGAAGAUGAAGAGCCAGACGGGACAGGUGGGUGAGAAGCAAUCACUGAAGUGUGAGGCAGCAGCGGGCAACCCUCAGCCUUCCUAUCGCUGGUUCAAGGAUGGCAAGGAGCUCAACCGCAGCCGUGACAUUCGCAUCAAGUACGGCAACGGCAGAAAGAACUCACGACUACAGUUCAACAAGGUGAAGGUGGAGGACGCUGGGGAGUAUGUCUGCGAGGCUGAGAACAUCCUGGGGAAGGACACGGUCCGGGGCCGACUCCAUGUCAACAGCGUGAGUACCACUCUAUCAUCAUGGUCGGGGCAUGCCCGGAAGUGCAACGAGACGGCCAAGUCCUAUUGUGUCAAUGGAGGCGUCUGCUACUACAUCGAGGGCAUCAACCAGCUCUCCUGCAAAUGUCCAAACGGAUUCUUCGGACAGAGAUGUUUGGAGAAACUGCCUUUGCGAUUGUACAUGCCAGAUCCUAAGCAAAAGCAUCUUGGAUUUGAACUAAAGGAAGCCGAGGAGCUGUACCAGAAGAGGGUCCUGACUAUCACCGGUAUCUGCGUGGCUCUGCUGGUCGUGGGCAUUGUCUGCGUGGUCGCCUACUGCAAGACUAAAAAACAGCGGAAGCAGAUGCACAAUCACCUCCGGCAGAACAUGUGCCCAGCCCACCAGAAUCGGAGCUUGGCCAACGGGCCCAGCCACCCCCGGCUGGACCCUGAGGAGAUCCAGAUGGCAGAUUAUAUCUCCAAGAAUGUGCCAGCCACAGACCAUGUCAUCCGGAGGGAAACGGAGACCACCUUCUCUGGGAGCCACUCCUGUUCUCCUUCUCACCACUGUUCCACAGCCACACCCACCUCCAGCCACAGGCAUGAGAGCCACACGUGGAGCCUGGAACGUUCUGAAAGCCUGACCUCUGACUCCCAGUCGGGCAUCAUGCUGUCAUCAGUGGGCACCAGCAAGUGCAACAGCCCAGCGUGUGUGGAGGCCCGGGCACGGCGGGCAGCGGCCUACAGCCUGGAGGAGCGGCGCAGGGCUGCCGUGCCACCUUACCACGACUCCGUAGACUCUCUGCGUGACUCCCCACAUAGCGAGAGGUACGUGUCGGCACUGACCACGCCCGCGCGCCUUUCUCCAGUGGACUUCCACUACUCGCUGGCCACGCAGGUGCCGACUUUUGAGAUCACGUCCCCCAACUCCGCUCACGCAGUGUCGCUGCCGCCGGCCGCACCCAUCAGCUACCGCCUGGCGGAGCAGCAGCCGCUUCUGCGGCAGCCGGCGCCCCCUGGCCCCGGGCCGGGACCCGGCGCGGACAUGCAGCGCAGCUACGACAGCUACUACUACCCCGCGGCGGGGCCCGGGCCGCGGCGCGGGGCCUGCGCGCUGGGCGGCAGCCUGGGCAGCCUGCCCGCCAGCCCCUUCCGCAUCCCGGAGGACGAUGAGUACGAGACCACGCAGGAGUGCGCGCCCCCUCCCCCACCGCGGCCGCGCGCCCGCGGCGCGUCCCGCAGGACGUCGGCGGGGCCCCGGCGCUGGCGCCGCUCGCGCCUCAACGGGCUGGCGGCGCAGCGCGCACGCGCGGCGCGGGACUCGCUGUCGCUGAGCAGCGGCUCGGGUGGCGGCUCGGCCUCAGGCUCGGACGACGACGCGGACGGGGCGCUGGCGGCCGAGAGUACGCCUUUCCUCGGCCUGCGCGCGGCGCACGAUGCGCUGCGCUCGGACUCGCCGCCGCUGUGCCCGGCGGCCGACAGCAGGACUUACUACUCCCUGGACAGCCACAGCACGCGGGCCAGCAGCAGACACAGCCGCGGGCCCCCCCCGCGGAGCAAGCAGGACUCGGCGCCCCUCUAGGGGCCCCCGCCGCCCCGCCGCCCCCCUCCGCCUCGCCUGCCCCACUGUCUUUACGGAGAACAGAGACCACCGCCUGG